UUCGCGCGAGGCGUGCUCUACAGUUCCGGCCGGGAGCUGGACUUCUUGGUACCCAUGUGGGAGCUGCUGUGAAGAUUCAUUGGUUUCUGAGUCCUGCCCAAAGUCGAGCUCGGAAGUCUGCCAACGUGAAAGAUGACGUCCUUAGCCCAGCAGCUCCAACGGCUCGCCCUCCCUCAGAGUGACUCCAGUCUUUUAUCUAGAGAUGAAGUUGCCUCUUUGUUGUUUGACCCCAAGGAAGCGGGCACCAUCGACAGAGACACCCUCUUUGCCAUUGGAUGCACUGGCCUGGAAGAGCUGCUUGGAAUUGAUCCUUCCUUUGAGCGAUUUGAAGCACCGUUGUUCAGCCAGCUAGCAAAAACCUUGGAGCGCAGUGUUCAGACCAAAGCAGUGAACAAACAGCUGGAUGAAAACAUUUCAUUGUUUCUUAUUCACUUGUCCCCUUACUUCCUGCUGAAGCCAGCACAGAAGUGUCUGGAGUGGUUGAUCCACAGGUUCCAUAUCCAUCUUUAUAAUCAAGAUAGCCUCAUUGCUUGUGUUCUGCCAUACCACGAGACAAGAAUAUUUGUGCGGGUUAUACAGCUUCUAAAAAUUAAUAAUUCAAAGCACAAAUGGUUCUGGUUAUUACCAGUUAAGCGGUCUGGAGUGCCCUUAGCUAAAGGAACUUUGGUUACCCACUGCUACAAAGAUCUUGGAUUCAUGGAUUUCAUUUGUAGUCUGGUGACAAAAUCUGUGAAGGCUUUUGCUGAGUGUCCGGGGAGUUCCACUCAGUUGAGGGUGCUCUUAAGUUUCUAUGCCUCUACCAUUGUGUCUGCUCUCGUGGCUGCCGAGGACUUAUCCGACAAUAUAGUUGCCAAGCUGUUUCCAUAUAUUCAAAAGGGAUUGAAAUCAUCUUUACCAGAUUACAGAGCUGCAACAUACAUGAUAAUAUGUCAGAUUUCCGUGAAGGUGACCAUGGAAGAUACCUUCGUUAACUCCUUGGCUUCACAGAUUAUCAGAACACUGAUCAGAAUUCCCUCUCUGAUCAAGGAUGGAUUGAGUUGCUUGAUAGUGCUCCUUCAGAGACAGAAGCCAGAGAGCCUGGGGAAAAAGCCAUUUCCUCACUUGUGUAAUGUUCCUGAUCUUAUUACACUACUUCACGGGAUUUCUGAAACAUAUGACAUUAGUCCUCUUCUGCGUUACAUGCUUCCCCAUCUGGUCGUCUCCAUGAUUAAUCAGGUUACAGGAGAAGAAACGGAAGAGAUGGACGGUCAAAUCUAUAGGAGACUCUUAGAAGCCAUACUUACAAAUAUACCCCUGAAGAACAGCUUAGACCGUUUGUUGGCUGGGUAAGCGCUUACUUUUGA